AUGGUGUUUUGCUUGCAGUUGCGGGAGUUGCGCAGUUUGGACAUCUCGCAUAAUGCCGUGGAGAGUCUGCAGGAAGUGGCCGCGCUGUCGAACCUGUUUGUGCUCAAGUGUUCGAGCAACCAGAUCGCCGACUUGAGCUGGAUUGCGGGGCUGACUAAGCUCGAGGAGCUGUGGGUGAGAGAGAACCGACUCGAGAGCGCCCAGCUCGCGCAUCUGCAGCAGCUCACAGCACUGCAAACUCUCGUGAUCCAUCCGAAUCCGUGCACCGAGCGAGACGACUAUGUGUACGGCUGA